AUGUGGACAGAUGGAACAGAAGGAGUACAUCGCAAUAUCUGGACAGAAGGAGUACAUCGCAACAUCUGGACAGAAGGAGUACAUCGCAACAUCUGGACAGAAGGACUACAUCGCAACAUCUGGACAGAAGGACAACAUCGCAACAUCUGGACAGAAGGACAACAUCGCAACAUCUGGACAGAAGGACAACAUCGCAACAUCUGGACAGAAGGACUACAUCGCAAUAUCUGGACAGAAGGAGUACAUCGCAACAUCUGGACAGAAGGAGUACAUCGCAACAUCUGGACAGAAGGACUACGUCGCAAUAUCUGGACAGAAGGAGUACAUCGCAACAUCUGGACAGAAGGAGUACAUCGCAAUAUCUGGACAGAAGGAGUACAUCGCAACAUCUGGACAGAAGGAGUACAUCGCAAUAUGUGGACAGAUGGAGUACCUCGCAACAUCUGGACAGAAGGACAACAUCGCAACAUCUGGACAGAAGGAGUACAUCGCAAUAUCUGGACAGAAGGAGUACAUCGCAACAUCUGGACAGAAGGAGUACAUCGCAAUAUGUGGACAGAUGGAGUACCUCGCAACAUCUGGACAGAAGGACAACAUCGCAACAUCUGA